UAUCAUAGACUAUAGAGUAUCUUCAGCAUUAUACAUUGGUCUUUGAUUACCUGUUAUUUGUUACAGUCAAAUUCAAAUUUCAAAAUAAUUUUCUGAUUUCUGUAAAUUCAAAUUUUAAAUCAAAUUCUAUACAAUACAUGAUACAAUUGCCUUAAUAUUAUAUCAUAACAAGAUGUCAACACCAAAACCGGAAAAGGAAUUACAUUUACCGCUUUCAAGAGUUAAAACUAUCAUGAAAAGUUCACCUGAAGUAGAUGCUGUCGGCCCCGAACCAUUAUACUUAGUUACUAAAGUUACUGAAUUAUUUGUGAUAGAUUUAGCCAAGCGCGCAUUUAAGAAUAGUUCUAACAACUUGUUAGAAUACAAGCAUAUAGCUGAUGUUGUACAAGAAGAUGACAGCUUAGAUUUCCUACGUGAGAUAAUACCAAGAAAAAUCACAGUUAAGCAAUUUAAAGAAAUGAUGGCUCGAAAAGCGGCUAAGGCAAACUCAGAUGAUUCAACUGAAGAGUCGAGCAGUGAAGAAAGUAGUGAAGAGAGUGAAGAAAGUCAGGAAGAAUAAUAUAAGAAUGCUACAUUUUCUUAAAAUGUGAAAUAAAGUGUCGGACCAAUCACCAUUGUUAUUAUGAUAACAAUAUGAUUUGGUGUUAACUUCAACAUUGCCGUCUUGGUGAUAUUUUUGAGUGUAAAAAAAUCAUGUAUUUAUAAUACACAUUUAGUAUUGUUUAUAACUGGGGUAAUUGUGAAGCCUGAUAAAACAGUUAUUAUUUUCGUAAGCAAAUUGUUAAAACAAAUAUGUACAGUUGCAACAGGGACUUUGCAUUGUGUGUGUAACAGAUUACAUUGCCUGCCUAAUAUUUUAGUAUGUAAUGUGGAUAUUGGUGAAUAUUGUACCUAACAACCCUAUUAAGUUAUUGUGUAUGUUUGAAAAUUUGACUGUUUGUUUGUGUAAUGUGUCAUGUAUCCAUGGUAAACUCUGUAACUUCACCUAUUCAACAAUGUCAAAAUUACUGGAUGUUGGGUGUGUGAAAUGUUUGAGAAUAAAAGUAUAAAAUGUGUUUAAAUUGUAAACUAGAUCAGGUAGUUUCACAAAUAUAUAUUAAAUAAACUUUGCUGUAUUUACUGUUAUGGGUAAAUAGAUAAUAGAGGAAAUCUUAAAAACAA